UAUUACGCUCUCGGCCGUGUGCUUAAAAGGCCAGAAGAUCGAGGAGCAGCUGAUAGAAGAUUACACACUGAUAAGCUUGUAACAUCUCGAAUCCCGCAACCAACUGCGAUCUAUUUUAUUCACUGCAAGGAAACCACACUGGCGCGUCCACACUCACUCUUAUACAUACCAUACCCAUAUACGUCUAUACCUACCUAAUCACUCAGUGACGUAAUAGAAAACCAACUACUCAGUAAAGUUGUGUGGAUAUAACUCUCUGAGCUUUUACUCUCUAACAGGAGUCACCUGUCUUCAAGGACGAUCAAAACCUUUCCGAACUACGCUUCUUUAUACAGAUCCUGAUCUGAUCCAGUGCAGAAGUUCAGCUGAUCCAGCUCCGGGUUUUCCGACUGUCUUUAUUGGCCUCAUCGUCUCUCGCAGAGUGCAGGAUGGACUAGUGGGAACAGAAACAUUAUGGCUGCCAAUCUUUCCUUGACUCAGCUUUCGAGUGGGAACCCCGUGUAUGACAAGUAUUAUCGACAAGUCGAUCCAUCUGGCACUGGCCGAGUAGCAGCCGCUGAUGCGGCCUUGUUCUUGAAAAGGUCUGGUCUUUCAGACCUGGUCCUUGGCAAGAUAUGGGACUUGGCAGAUUCAGAACGCAAAGGCUUUCUGAACAAACAGCAAUUUUUCUUCGCACUGCGAUUAGUGGCUUGUGCACAGAAUGACCUUGAGGUUGCCCUCAAAAGUCUUGCCGUGGCUGUGCCUUCACCAGUGUUUCAUGAAACAACCAGUCCUCUUCACCCAGCAGGCAUGACCAUUGACAGUCCAUGGGCGGUCAAGCCAGAGGAGAAGCUGAAAUUUGAUGCCAUUUUUGAGAGUCUCAUGCCAGUGGGUGGCCUGCUCACAGGUGACAAGGUCAAACCAGUGCUGCUGAACUCCAAGCUUCCUGUAGAUGUGCUGGGCAGAGUUUGGGAGCUUAGUGAUAUAGACAGAGAUGGAAUGCUGGAUAAAGACGAGUUUGCAGUGGCUAUGUAUUUGGUGUAUAGAGCACUUGAGAAUGAACCUGUUCCCAUGGUUCUGCCCCCACCACUAAUUCCACCAUCGAAAAGGAAAAAAGUCAAUUCGCCCCCUGUCAUGCCCCUUCUUCUGUCACCUCCACCAAUCAAAGAACGGAGUUCUACUCACUCUGCCGCCCAGACAUUACCCGCUAAACCCACACCUCCACAGUGGGUUGUGUCUCCUGGCGAUAAGGCUAAAUAUGAUGAAUUGUUCAUUAAGACUGACAGUGAUAUGGAUGGGUUAGUGUCUGGGCCAGAGGUGAGGGACAUCUUUUUAAAGACAGGACUGCCCUCUGGUACUCUUGCUCGCAUAUGGGAGCUAUGCGACAUCGGAGACAUCGGGAAACUGACCAGAGAGCAGUUUGCUUUGGCUCUCUAUUUGAUCAAUCAGAAGCUCUCCAAAGGCAUUGACCCACCCCAAGCUCUUACUCCAGAGAUGAUCCCUCCAUCUGAUAAGCUAUCACGGCAGAGUAAUAUCUUGUCAUGUCAGGCUGCAGACUUCUCUGCCAUUAAAGAAUUGGACUCUCUCAGUAAUGAGAUAAUGGACUUACAGAGAGAAAAAAGCUCUGUGGAACAGGAGAUCAGGGAGAAAGAAGAGAGCGUUCGACAGAGGACCACCGAGGUGCAGGACCUGCAGGAUGAAGUGCAGAAAGAGAGCGAGGAGUUGCGGAAGCUACAGGCAGAGCGACAGGAAGUGCAGGAAGCACUGGAGAAACUGGAUGAACAAAAAUUGUUCCUAGAGGAGCAGCUCCAGCUCAUACGGCAGCAGUGCAGUCAGGAGAAUCAGCUGAUCCAGUCUCUGCAAGCAGAACACUCUGAGCAGGAGCAGAGGAUAGGUGACUAUGAGGAAGAGCUGGUGAGGACACGAGAAGAGCUGCUUUGUCUCCAGGAACAGACGCGUACUCUAGGGGAGAAAGUGCGCUCAGCCCGUGCUCAGCUCUGCCCCCUACAGGACGCUGUUUCAGAAUCUCACACACAGAUUGCACAGAUGCAGGAACGACUGGCUGAGCUAAAGACAGAAGAGCGUGAUGCCCAGCUUACACGCAUUGUCUUAGUAGAGGAGCCUCCUCUUGUCAAUGGAACAGUGCCCCCUGCUGAACAGUCCAAGCAAUUGCAGUGGCUACAGCCAACAGAACAGGCAACAAAGAAACCAGAAGAUGAGGAGGAAGAGGAUGAGGAGGAAGAUCUGACUCCCACGGAAGAGCCGCAGGAACUGAGAGUUACUGAAGAGCAGCUGGAGGAAGAAUUGACAGAGCAGUCAAACAGUCCUAAAGAUCUUAAAGUUGAUCUUGUGGAAGACCUCUUCACAAACAUGAUGUCCACAUCCUCCACUCUUAGUGCAGCCUGGCCUGAUGAUACGGAAGCUUCACCUGCUAUACUGUGGGAGCCUAAAGAAGUGGAAACGAAACUGCAGACCAGCACCACAAAGGUGGAGUCUCCAGUUCCAGAACAAAAGGAGGAGCCCUCCCAACCCAUAACUGCUCCCAGUCAGAACUCUGCCCCUGUUGUCGACUUCUUUCCACCUGAUCCCUUUGUUGACAGUGACCCUUUCAAGAGUGAAGACCCCUUUGCAAAAGGUGUUUCAGAUCCCUUUGGUGGUGACCCUUUCAAAGAUACAGACCCAUUUGCCACUGACUCCUUCUUCAAACAGUCAUUCUCAACCUCAUUCGCCUCUGAAGAUCCAUUUGCUUCUUCCGACCCAUUCAGCUCAAACACUGGAUCUGCAGAACCGGACCUGUUCUCCGCCCACCUUAACAACACAGCGGCACCUGAUCCGUUCCCGAAAUCUAACACAGUGACAGCAGAUCCAUUUAGUUCUAGUAGUGGCAGUGCACCAUUUGCUUCCAAAAUGGAUGAUCUUGAUGACUCUGACCCAUUCAGCUCAUCAGCCGGUGCGGGGAAUGACCCGUUUGCUGGGUCAGAGCUGUCAUCAAAGGAAGCACCAGCAGUUGCUAAUGACCCAUUUGCUCCAGGAGGAACAGUCGUAAACGCUGACUCGGACCCUGAUCCUUUUGCCACAGUAUUUGGCACUGGUACUGAGACCUUUGUAGGAGGUUUUGCAGACUUUAAACAUUUGGAAAAGUCUAAUGGUGCUGACCACUUUGCCACAUCAAACACACACAGUAAGAAUCUAUUUAAGGAAGAAAACCAGUCAGAUGUCCCUCCUGCAUUACCACCCAAAACUGGCACACCUACUAGACCACCACCACCUCCACCAGGUAAGCGGUCGAACCUCUGCCGAUCAGAAUCAUCAGACUCAUUUCAGAGACGUGGAAUGGGGGAGUUUUCCUCUCUCCCUGCUAAAGACUCUGUGCCAGACCCUUUCGCUCCCUCUGCCCCCUCCCAAGUCCCGCGCGAGCCUGACCGAUUUGCCACCUUUGACAAAUACCCUACAGAAGAGGACAUGAUCGAAUGGGCAAAGAGGGAGAGUGAGCGUGAGGAGAGGGAGCGUGUGGCCCGACUCACCCAGCAGGAGCAGGAGGAUCUGGAGCUGGCCAUCGCGCUUAGCAAAUCCGAACUUUCGUGACCUGAAUCGCCCUCCAACCACAGUGCCGAGGAAGAAGAGGAAAGGUUGAAGGCCUAAUUUUACGGGUGCUGGAUUUAACAAUCCCACUAGUUAUAGUGCAAUCCAAAUCUCCCCUCUCAGUUUCUCAUCCACUACCUGUCAGCACAUCAUCUCUCUCUCUCUCGCUCCAUGUUGCCAGUGACUUUUCUGAAAACAGUGUGGGUUUGGAGGAGGAUGCUGUAAUGGUGAAGGACUAAACGCAACCUCUUGUGUUGUAUUUUGAGUUGUUUUUUCUUUCUUUCUGGUGUUUAAAAAUCAGUCAUCUUUAUAUAUUUCUUACAUGAUCAAACAUUUGGCAAUAUGAAGUUUUACACACCUAAGAAUUGACAGGUUUAAUGUUAAUUAGGAAGACCAGACCUUUAAACAUUGUAGAUUUCAUCUGUGUGAUGUGAUGCUAAAAUUGAGCAAUGUGAUGGUCAGGAGUGAAGUUUCCCUGGAUAUAAAAAAACUAAAUUAAAGCUGAAAAGUUUA